CUAAAGUCAACUCUCUCACUCUCUCCUCUUCCUCGCCCAUGUCAGAGAUUUCAUUUCUGAGCUCUCCUUCUUCUUCAUCAUCAUCUUCAUCUUCAUCUUCUCUCUCUAUAUCACUCAGAACGACGCAAUGAACAAACACAUCGAAAUCUAAGUAUCUAACGCUAGCUAGGUUGAGCUUAAAAGUUACAACGAGUCCAAGAAAGAGUAACAUUAUAUAACGUACAGAGUUAUCAUGGGAAACAAUGUAGGAAGAGAGUAUUACUGUUUCGCUGGUGAAGCAGGAGAGCUCUCAAAGCGCCACAACGACGACUCUCUAGUCCAGUCUGAGCCUCUGGACGAGGUGAUGGACUUCGGUCAUUCCUUUUGCUACCCAAAACCCGAACACCAACCAAGGCUCUCUGGCGUCUCGGUCUCCUCAAACUCAGAGGAAGACUAUUCAUCCACAACGACUACGUUUCCAACAAUCUCAGGAGCUUCUGUGAGUGCCAACACGUCCACGCCUUUGUCAACUUUGCCCUUGGACACGUGGGGUUCCUCUAUUGGUGUGGAGCGUGCCGCAUCGUUUGCUAGUACCGCGUCAUUCGCUUCCACACCUCUGCAACCAGUGCCUCGGUGCUCCACUAGUGAGACGGGUUCGGCUUCGAGUUCGGGUCCUGGAGAGAGAGGGUUCAAGUCGGGACCAAUGGAAAGUUUCGUUUCUGGGCCUUUGAAUUCGGAUCCUAUAGAGAAAGGACAUGAAAAAAAGGUACAACAACUAAAUAAUGGUAAAGUGAAGUCUAGUAAACGUUUCAUUUUUGAUUUUAAGGAAGCAAUAUCCAGGAUGUUUCGAACUAAGAAAUUGGUUAAAAGAGGUAGUGUUGUUGGAGUUAAGGAACCGAAUUUGGAUAAGAUGAAUGGGAAUGUGAGUGUGACUAUUGGUGAUGUGAGUGGUUGUGGACAUGUGUGUACGAAAUAUAAUGAUGGUCAUCAUGAGGUUAGUCCAGAUUUUAUGGAAAGAGAGAAUCUUCAAUGGGCGCAAGGAAAGGCAGGGGAGGAUCGAGUUCAGGUUGUGAUUUCUGAGGAACGUGGUUGGCUCUUUGUGGGAAUUUAUGAUGGGUUUAAUGGUCCUGAUGCACCUGAAUUUUUGAUUACUAAUCUUUAUUCUGCUGUGCAUAAUGAGCUUGAGGGGUUGCUUUGGAAUAAGAAGGUUGAGUCCACAGAUGCAGAAGGUGAUCAAUCCCAAACGAGGAAUUCUGAUAAGGAUAAUGACAUUAUAGGAAGCGACGAAUUGGAUUUAGAUAUGGAUUCUAAUAUAAAGAGAGAGCAGGGGAAUAGUCGUUCUAAAGGUAGGAGUGGAAGGGUGGGCAGCUUUGAUUUUGAACUUGAUGAUGGGGAAAUUACAGAGCUUGAUAGGAAGUUAAAGAAACAGUCAAAUCCAGAUGGGUUAGCUGGAGGUAAUCAUUCAGAGGUGUUGAAGGCUCUCUCUGAGGCUUUAAGGAAGACAGAGGAUGCUUAUUUGGAGAGAGCAGAUGAGAUGGUGAGCAACAAUCCUGAGUUAGCUCUGAUGGGUUCAUGUGUUCUGGUAAUGUUGAUGAAGGGUGAAGAUGUUUACUUGAUGAAUGUGGGGGAUAGUAGGGCUGUGUUAGCUCAGGAGGAUGAACUUGAUCGAGGGCCAAGGAAAAUGCACCAGGACUUGAAACGGAUGAAUGAGGAAAUUUUAAGCAAUCAGUAUAUAUUGGGUGGUGUCGGAUUUGGGAAAAUAAUAAAUUCAAUUUCCAUUCAGCUCACUACGGAUCACAGCACAGAUGAGGAAGAGGAAGUUCAAAGAAUCAGAAAUGACCAUCCUGAUGAUGCUUCUGCCGUUAUAAAUGAUCGGGUGAAAGGUUAUUUGAAGGUCACUCGGGCUUUUGGGGCUGGCUUUCUCAAACAGCCCAAGUGGAAUGAUGCACUCUUGGAGAUGUUCAGAAUCGACUAUAUUGGCACCUCCCCUUACAUUACAUGUUGCCCUUCACUCUACCAUUAUAGACUUGGUCCAAAGGACAGAUUCUUGAUACUAUCCUCUGAUGGACUUUACCAAUACUUCACCAAUGAAGAAGCUGUUGCUCAGGUUGAAUCCUUCAUUGCUUCAUUUCCAGAUGGAGAUCCUGCACAACAUCUCAUUGAAGUAGUAUUGUUUCGAGCAGCAAAGAAAGCUGGUAUAGACUUCCAUGAGUUGCUUGAUAUUCCACAAGGGGAACGACGUCGAUACCAUGACGAUGUUUCUGUCAUCGUUGUUUCAUUAGAGGGACGAAUAUGGCAAUAUGGCGUUCCUUUGUAUAAAUAGAGACAUUGAAAGAUACAAGAAACAAAUACACUUUUUGUAAAGAUUAUUG